AACCAGGUAUGUGAUUUAUUUAAUUAUUAAUGAAGGCUUCCAGUGUUGGUCCUGGUUGUCAUGGCAACUAGGGCUGCUGCUAGCUUCCAGAAAACAUAAAAGAACAGCAAGUGCAAGGCCGCACAUUCCAUUUAGUCUUGCUGAUUAGCCAGGCUGUCAAAAGAAAGGAAGGGAAAUCAACAGUUAGAAGACAAGAUCUACAAAGAGAAGAAACAUAGAGCGAAACUGCUCACAAGCUGCAAAUAUCUGCUGAAAUGGCCGCAUGUGGCCCUGAUGCUUAUGUAAGACAUAUUUCACUAUAAAAUAAAGUCUCUUAACAUCUCUGAGCAUUACCAGGCAAGCAGAUAUGCAUCCAGCUGAACCUCAAGGAAAGGUCUGGAAAAUUGGUUCCAGGCAUAUCUUUCAUCUGAUUAUUAUAUUUAAGCCUGCAAGAGAGUUAUACUGAAACCUACGAGGAAGGAAUACAGUGCUGCAUUUAUACUUGGACAUAUCCAGCCUUUUUUAUUCUUCCAAUGAUCUUAUGAAUUAGAUCACUCUUUCCCUCAAAUUUACAAAAGAAGAAACAAAACUAGAAGACAAUCCCAAUGGAAGCAAAAACCAAAACAUGGGAAAAUUCCAAUAAAGAAAUAAGAAUUUCAGCCUGGGCUUAAUUCACUUCUGUGCUGUAAAGAGGGUAGAAUAUUUUCCAAGAACUACUGAUCCCAACUCUCAACCAUUUUAUUGUGCCCCCCCCCCCCCACAUAUAAAUGGAUGUUGUAGAAAUCUUUGGGGCAAAACCUGUUUUCUGAGUGAAAUGUUCCCUCCAGUGAUUUAAGUAAGUGAAGGUCCUAGAGCUAUCACCUCCACAAGAAUUAUGGCUUUUUCAGCCCACAGGAUUAAUCUCUUUUUGAUUGGUCUGUUAAGCUUCUGUGUAGAUAGUUCUGUGUGCAGUGAAAAAAAUAACACACUUAUUUUUACCAAAGAAAAUACAAUUCGUAAGUGCAUGUGUCCUGAUAGUAUUAAUGACUGUGAUUAUAGCUUGGCAAAUCUAAUUUGUAACUGUAGGACUGUUUUGCCCUAUACAGUAGACAAAACCUACUAUAAUAAUUUGGUAAUUUGGUUCACUGAAACUGAUAUGUUGAGAAUCCUGUUAAAUGUUACAUCUGUGCACAAUCUAAAACUCUCGCUCUGUGGCACUAUUCCUUUGACAACAAAAUAUUUGACUAUUUGGGGAUUACAAAAAUUACAGAUAAGAAGCGAGAGUAAUGACCAAUUAAAACAGCAAAGUUUAACAAUCUCUACUAGUUGUGGAAAUGGAGCCCAAGGCAAGUUGAUGUCAUACAAAGACAAAAACAUGAUUACUCAUGUUGCUGUUUUAGACACAUCUCUUUUCAAUGGCAGUGGCCCAUUGAAAGCAUACAGUGUAGAAAAUAUUUCUAACAUUUCAUACCAAUUUCCACAUUUGGACAAUUUUUUUACCCCAAGUAACAAAAGUUGUAUCAUAACAUUCAUUUAUUAACACACAAAUCUUGGCCAUUUCUAUAAUAUAAAUAUUAUAAAUUGGGUCAUCCUGAGAUAUUGUAGAAGCUAAACUUCUGUUGCUCUUUAUAUUACAAAAAUAAUAAUAACAGGGAGAUGAAUAAACUUUAGUCCUAAUAGCUCCUAUUUCAGUAUAAUCUACAGAAUGCUAUAGAAUAUUUUAGUUUAAUUCAAUCCCAGAAUAGCAAUAGCAAUAGCAAUAGCAGCUUCAUAGCUUCAUAGUGCUUUACAGCCCUCUCUAAGCGGUUUACAGUGUCAACAUAUUGCCCCCAACAAUCUGGAUCCUCAUUUUGCUGACCUUGGAAGGAUGGGAGGCUGAGUCAACCUUGAACUGCCCAACUGCUGGCAGCCGGCAGUCAGCAGAAGUAGCCUGCAGUGCUGCUUUCUAACAACUGCAUCACCAUGGUUCUUAUCAAGCUUUUAACGCUGAUAAACAAUAAUUGUUCAAGUCAUGUUAUAUUAAUAAUGUAGGCUGAUUUAUUCUAUAUAGGCAUAUGGACAGUAAUAUUUAAAUUCUUCUAAGAAAUGUAGCUUUUGAGUUACAUAUAGCCUUUCUGAUACUUUGUAUGCAGGGGUGAAAUCUACUUACCUUCCUUACCUGUUUGGAAGUGCAUGUGCCAUGCAGACCCUCUGCGCAUGCGCAGAGGGUAAAAACACAUUACUUUCUGGUUAAAACCAGGAAGUAACGACACCCGGGCAGGUGGGUGGAGCCUCGUGCUGCCAUCGCUACUGGUUCUCCAAACCACCUGCCACAAUCAGUACCUUUACUAUCAGUUCACAUCGCGCCCGUGCGCACACUAUUCUGCACAUGCGAAGAAGCUUCUGCGCAUCUGCAGAUCACCUAUGAUGACAUCCGGGUCAGUGGACGGAGCCUCCCUCCAGUUUUACUACUGGUUCUUGCGAACCGGUCCAAAACUGGGGCAACCCACCACUGGUGUGUAGCCAAAAGCUUCUUUAUGUGAACCUAGUGUUCCCAUUGCCAGAUUUACCCCAAUUUCAUUUAUUGUAUGUUUACAAAAUCAAUAUAUGUGAUAGUAAUUCCUAGCAAAUAUCCUAGUCCAGGAAAAAAUAUUCUUGUCCUGGAAAACACCUUUGAUAUACCAGGCAAGACUUAAAGGAAACCAUCUAAAGAUAAGUACACUGAUCUAAUACAUCCUUUGAAUUAGAGAAUAAUAUCCCUAAAAAUGAUUUUUUAAAAAGUCUGGAUUUCAAAAUUUAAGGUUUCAUUGUACACUUUAUAAUGUAGAUAUUAAAAUGUUGCUGUUUUACAGUACAGAAAAAUACUCCAGAAUCUUUUUAUUCCCAUCACACAUAUGGCCAUAGAUGUUUAUUAAAAUUUCUUUCUAAAUCACAUAAUUCUGAAUUUAUAAACAUUCUUGAGAACAUAUCUGAAAAAAAUGCAUAAAUCUGCUUUUGCAUAAUGGAUAUGCAUUAUGCAAAUAAUUAAAUUAAUUAAAUAAAUAAAUGGAAAUAAUUGCAUUGGCAUAUAAUUAAAAUGUUUGCAUUGAAGAUUAGUAUUAUUUAAACUGGAAUUAACUAAUAGCUUCUAAAAUAAUCCGGUUAAAAGCUAGUAUUGCCUGAGUGGGCAUAUAAGUAUAUAAUGAAUCCUCUUACUUUUACUACAAUCGCACCCUAUCUUCUAAAAACGUCAAUUUUCCUAAUGAAAUCCACUGUCAGAAAAGAGACUGUGUUAAUUGCAAUACAAUUCAUUAGAAAUUACCAAGUGUUAAGUACCACAUUUAAUCCCACAUAAAAUAUUCAGAUCAUAUGUUACAGAUACAAUGUUUGCAAAGAAUCCCAUAAUGAUAUGUUCCUUAUUCCUGUAUCAAUAUAUCAAGCCCACUUUUCAGUCAAUCACAUUAAAAAUCUUUCUAAUCAACAUGUAGGCUGAGAGUGUUACAUGUGGCCAACAGCCCCUCUUAGAUCACAAAAUUAUACAUAUUUAAUGCCAGGAAAUAUAUUGGAGUAAUAACUAGAAUAAUUAAGGUAAUGCUGAAGUUUGCUUAACUAAUUCAUUUUAAUGGGAAAAAAACUAGUAAAAACCCAGAAGGCAGGAGAUAUCCUAAUAGUUAGAAUUAUUGCAGGCAGUUGUGUGAAAGGCACUGAAAUUUUAGAAAGGCAUAAUUAAAUCCCAUAAUAAGGAGGGGAAAUGACCCAGAUAUUUUGUACCCAUGUACAUAGCUUAUAUUUCCCAGAAAAAUGUCAAGAACUACUAGUAUAGGAGCAAUGUUGUUGGCUCAACAGCAGUAACUAUGAGAGGGAUCUUGAAAUCCUAAUGGAUAAUCACUUAAAUAUGAGCCAGCAGUGUGCUGCAGCCACGAAAAAAGCCAGUGCAAUCCUAGAUUAUAUUAACACAGGGAUAGAAUCAAGAUCAUUUGAAGUGUUAGUACUGCUUUAUAAGGUUUUGGAUACCAGCAUUCCAAUAUUUGAGGGCCCUGCAGAAUUAAGAGAGGGUCAACCAAUUAUCCAAAGCACCAGAAGGCAAGCCAAAAAGCAAUGGAUGGAAAGUAAUCAAGGAGAGAAGCAACCUAGAAAUAAGGAGGAAUUUUCUGAUAGUGAGAACAAUAAACCAGUGUAACGGCUUGCCUUCAGAAGUUGUGGGGGCUCUGUCACUGGAGACUUUUAAAAAAAGACUGGACAGUCAUUUGCCUGAAAUUGUAUAGGGUCUCCUGCUUGAGCAGGGGGUUGAAUUAGAAGACCUCCGAGGUCCCUUCCAACUCUGUUAUUCUAUCUUAAUGCAUUACAUUCAAGUAUUAUUGUACUGAUUACAGAUAGCACAGAUAAAACAAUCCUAUUUUAAAAUUAAGAAUAAAUUUUGAAAUAUGAUUUAGAUAUGUAAUGAUCUGAACAUCAGAAAUUAGAUUUUAUACCACCAAUUCUUCAAAAAUAAUGUAAACACAUAAAAAUGAGCAAUGUUAUUAGAAAAAGUUUUAAUGUUUUUAAUCAUCAUCAUCAUCAUUUGUGAAUGAUUGUUUUUUAACUUUGUUGUAUCUUGCCCAGAUACACUUCUCACUUCUUUUGUGAGAUGGACACCUACAUAAAUUUGAAAAAUAAAUAAACACCAAAGAAGUAUUCCAUACCUUACCAAACUUUUAAAGAAGGGAUGCCUUAAACUCACUUUAUGUAAUAUAGUAUACUUACUUUAGUUAUAUGCAUAGGUAAAAAUGCAAUGUUUGUGUAUAACAUGAAUACAUGAAUUGUAUUUCCAUGAUUAAGAUAAGUAUAUAUGUGUGCCAUAUUUGACAGAUUUAUUAACUGUAUGCCAAAGGACUUUGUUAAUGUUACAUGAGUGUUUAAGGACAUUAGAAAAAUGAUCUUAUUGAUCUGUUUUUAAUAUGCUCAAUAAACAAUCUAGCAGAAUGUAUCCAAGAAAAUAUUUUAAAAACAAAACUAAACAUCAAGGUUCCUUCCAACUGUAUGAUUUAAGAAUUUUCUUUUAAUUCCAGUAACCAAGUAAUAUUCGUUGAGAUAUUUUUUACAAUCCUAAACACAGUAAACAGUGCAUGAUCAAAUUUCCAAUUAUUCCCAUGAAUUAUUUUAUCCAUGAAUGGUUUCCCCCCAUAAUAAUCCUGAUAUUUUAAUGUUUUGAUACAAUAUUUGUACAGUAUUAAUAAAAUUAUUGAUAUGUUGUUUAGAUUAAGAAUUGGAAAUAAAAAAUCAAUAUUAUAAGUAUAUUUUUGUCUUCAUAAAAACUGAGGAUAUUAGAAAAAAGAAAUUGCUGCAGAUUACAUCAAAGUAUUGAUUGUACAAUGAAGAUUUCAGUUUUGAACUGAUUACUUACUAUUGAAACUUCCAUUGUAUGAUUGAUACAUACUGUAUGUAUAUAUGUCAGUGUACAUGUGUGUUUAUGUGUGUAUAGAAAAAAGUAAAGAAAAAAUACUGUAUAUAAGCAAUACAAAUUUAACAGGAAUUAAAAAACUAAAAAAUAAUUUUAAAAGGAACUAUUCAGCAAUUUGAUUCCCACCGGCUCAAGGUUGACUCAGCCUUCUAUUCUUCUGAGGUUGGUAAAAUGAAGACCCAGAUUGUUGGGGACAAUAUGCUGACUCUGUAAACUGCUUAGAGAGGGCUGUAAAGCACUGUGAAGCGGUAUAUAAGUUUAAGUGCUAUUGCUAUUCACUUUUUGUUUCUAUUUGACAUUCUGUGUGCUGUAUUAUAUAUAUGGGAACCAUUCUUGCUUAAAUUUGAUUAAACCUCUAUUGUGUAUAUAUACUAGUUUUAAAGCAUAUUCUCAAAGUUUAAGCCCCAAAUCAGAUAAAAAUAUUCCCAAUCGGAUAUUAUCAUUACUAUAUUUUUCUUCCAAUGUUAUACAAAAUUUAUUUUUGCUGCUAUAACCAUAUAUCUCAUUAAAUUAUGUUUGUUGAUUUUUUUCUGAGAUUAUAUCUAGUAAAAAAAGGUGUGGUUUCAUUACAAAUUUAAAUUCCAAAAUGUUCUGCAUUGUCCUCUGUAUAUUUUUCCAGUUGUUUGGGAUUAUUUUACAUGUCCACUGCAUGUAAUAAAGAGUUUCUUCUAUUUCAUGGCA